AUGACAUGUCACGUCUGUCAUGUACCCGCCCGUACCGCGGAAGUCAAAGUCACAUCCACAUCCACAUCCAGAUUCAAACCCAGAUUCAAACCUAACAAUCUUUAUAAUCAUCUCUUCCCCCUCCCUAUUACCAAUCUCAACGGCUCAACGACUCAACGACUCAACGGCUCAACGACUCAACGACUCAACGACUCAACGGCUCAAAAGCCCCUUGUCAACCACCCUGCCGACACCGGCCCCGACGGCCCCCUCGGCGAAGACGUUGCCUGCCGCUUCGCCCACGGCGUGCUGGAUGCCGUCGACGUCUUUGUUGCCGCUUACUUCGGUGCGGGAAAGGGAGUCUGGAUGUGGAGGCGGGGAGGGGGUUAG